CACCGAAACGCACCGAACGCACGCACGUGUAUCCGCCAUGUUCAACAUCGUCACCGCCGCCCCCAACCAGGCCGUCAUCGUCUCCGGUCUCCGCGGCCAGCGCGUCGUCAUCGGAGGCUGCGCGAGUGUUAUGUGGUGCGUCGAGACGUACGACCGCCUGUACCUCGAUCUCAUGACGCUGUCCAUCAAAUCCGUCGAGGCGGAGACCGCGAAGGGCGUGCGCAUCUCCCUGAGCUCCACCGCGCAGAUCAAGAUCAUGUCCGGCGACGGGCACAAGAUCGACUACGACAAGGUCAAGCUCGCGGCGACGCACUUCCUCGGCAAGAAGCGCCUCGAUAUCCAGGACGCGGUUCACCGCACCAUGGAGGGCCAUCAGAGGCAAGUCAUCGGCACGCUCACCGUCGAGGAGCUCUACAAAGACCGCGCGUCCUUCAGCGAGCGCGUGAAGGAGCUCGUCGACCCCGACCUCCUCGGCAUGGGCUUCGCUCUCGUCUCCUACACCGUCACCGAGGUGGACGAUCGCGAAGGGUACAUCACCGCGCUCGGAGCCACACAGACCGCAUCGGUGAAGAGAGAAGCAGAGGAGGGUAAAGCCAAAAACGAGUCGCAGGCGCGCAUCAUCGUCGCGAAAGCCAAAGCCGAGGCGCAGAUCGCGGAGGCUGAGGCGAAGCGCACGUCCACCGUCCGCGCCAACGAGUUCGCCGCGUCCGAAGCCGAGUCCAUGCGCGACCUCCAGAUGAAGCAGCAGGGGUUCCAAAAGGAAGUGAACGAGGCGACGGCGAGAGCCGAAGCCGCCAUUCGCAUCGAGACGGCCAUCCAGAACCAGAAAGUCGUCAAGCAGCAGACCCUGCAGAAGGUCGAGGAGGCCGAGGUCAUGCUACAGGUGACCGAGCGCGAGAUGGAGCGCGCCAAGGCUGAGGCGGAGGGUGCCUCGGGCGCUAAGUUGAUCGAACAGAAGAACAACGCCGAGUCCCGGCGAGUCGCCGCCGAGGCCGAAGCCUACGAGAAACAGCAGCUCGGUGAAGCCGAGGCUGCCGCGAUCAAGGCCAAGGGUAACGCCGAAGCCGCCGUCAUCCGCGAGAAGCAGCAGGCGUACCCCAACUACGCGGAAGAGAGGAUGGUGACCAUCAUCACGGAGAAGCUACCGGCCAUCGCAGACGCCGUCGCAGCGCCGUUGAAAAACGCGGGGAAGAUGACCUUCGUGUCGUCCGACGGCAGCGCGGGGAGUAGGCUGACGAACGACAUCUCGAGCAUCAUGGGUCAGCUGCCGGACACGGUGGAGGCGCUGACUGGCGUGAACUUGAAGCGGGUGAUGAAGCGCCUGGAGGGACCCGCGGCGGCGGCGGUGAAAGCCGCGGUGGAGUCCACCGACUGAUUUGUGAAAAUCAACAACAGCUGGAAAGACGGCGGGUCCUUCGAAAGCGAGGGCCCCCGACGACCUCUGGCUGGAUAUAUAUGAAUCAAAAAUCCUAAGAGAAGCCAAUUAGAAAUUAUUGCGCGUGUCAUCAGGCAGCUCAUUAAAAAGGAAAACUUGCAUUCGUACGCGAUGCUAUGUGGUGGCGGGGCUAACCAGCCUUAUUUUGCGUCGCGCUCAUUAAAAAGGAAAACUUGCAUUCGUACGCGAUGACGUUUCUUCGCCGCGGUGUUUGA